GUCCCGUGACUUGAUGCGGAAGUAAGGCAAAACAAGAAAGGAUCUUUUGACCUGAAAAUUGCGUAUUUUUCCUCCGCUUCUUUUUCCAAUAAGCAUCACUUCGUUGGCCAUCCAUACAGCAAUGGACGGAUCCAUCAGCGCGUCAUCAGACACCACAGGCGGUCCCCCGCCUCAUCUUAGAACAAAUGAAGGUUCCUUGGUUUCAGCUCUCAAGACAUUGUUGUUCUUCACUAUCUUAAUGGUCACGCUACCGAUUGGCUUAUACUUCGCUUCAAAGGCUUACAUCUUUGAAGGCUCAAUGAAGAUGUCAAACUCUGAUAGCUACUUCUACGCUGCCAUUGUCGCCGUGCUGGCCGUGCACGUGGUUCUGGCCUUGUUUGUUUACGUGGCCUGGAACGAAGGCACGCCCAAAGGGAAAGGCAAGUACGAUUAAGUAAGGUCUACGCAGAUGCGCAAACCUUGGGAAGGGGCUCCUCAGAAGAAGGGCCAGCAGCGGCUAGCACUAUCCCAGCAACGUUCAACGAAACGGUUCUGGUAUGUGUUGGCCUUGGACUUACUGUAUGGGGACUAUUGGAUGUGAUGUUCUCAUGAGAAAUCAUGUUAAAAGGGGGCAGCUUUUAAGAGACUUUUGAUUUUCAUCCCACAUAUACUUGCUUGAUACUUUGUUGAGUUCAAAGAAGUAAGUAAAGAAUUGCAAUUGUCUUUUGUUGUCACAUUUUUUAACCACGUGUUUUGUUCUUUCAAAGAGACAUGGUCUGACGCUUCAAUCGUCGAAUUGUACAGCGUUUUUGUACGGCUGCUGUUUUGUGAUGUAGAUUUAGUAUGAAGCAGAUUGAUGUCCUCGGUGAAUAAACAUGGCAAGUCGAUUUUAGUUUGAUGUUUUUUUGCUAGAUUUUGUUUUACUUGUCUUCAUAAAGGUGUCAUUAUUAUUGUUAAUUGUAGA